GCUCGUCAGACGGCAAGGCAGUUGGGCUCACGAGGCCCCGCUGCUUCAAUCGCCCGUCGCCAUGCACACACUCCUGUAGCAUUUGACUGGACGGACCCGCUAGGCGCUAGCAACAUGUUCACCGAGGAAGAAUUGGCUAUUUCAGAGACUGCCGAGUCCUACUGUCAAGAGCGCAUGCUUCCUCGCGUGCUCGAUGCAUACAGGAACGAGGACUACGACAGAAAGAUUCUUGAAGAGAUGGGAGAACUUGGACUGCUGGGUGCUACAAUCGAAGGCCAUGGCUGUGCUGGUGUCUCCUCGGUCGCAUCGGGUCUCAUCACUCGUGCUGUUGAGAGAGUCGACUCUGGUUACCGCUCAGGAAUGUCUGUCCAGUCCUCAUUGGUCAUGGGUGGUAUCGAUGAGUUCGGCUCCCAGGAGCAGAAAGACAAGUUCUUGCCACAGCUGGCCAAGGGUAAAAUGCUUGGUUGCUUUGGUCUGACAGAGCCAAACCACGGUAGUGAUCCUGGCAGCAUGGAGACAGUCGCUAAACCUCACCCUACCAAGAAGGGUUACUUUAGCCUGAGCGGAGCAAAGACGUGGAUUACCAACUCCCCGAUUGCAGAUGUCAUGCUCGUGUGGGCGAAGCUGCAGGAGACUGGCAAAAUUCGUGGUUUCCUGGUUGAGAGAUCCGAGUGNCCCCCUGGAACAUUGGAGACACCUCCAUUGAAGAACAAGAACGGUCUGAGAGCCUCCCUUACCGGUAUGAUUCAGCUGGAUGAUUGCCCGGUACCAGAAGCAAACAUGUUCCCACAUAUUGAGGGCUUGAGAGGACCUUUCAGCUGCCUCAACGGAGCCCGUUAUGGCAUUGCUUGGGGCACCAUGGGUGCUCUCGAGGACUGCAUCGCAAGAACAAGACAGUACGCUCUGGAGCGAAAGCAAUUCAAGAACAACCCGAUCGCCAAAUAUCAGUUGGUGCAGAAGAAGCUCUCUGAUGCAACCACAGACGCAGCCUACGGUGUUCUUGCGGCGUUGCAAGUCGGUCGCCUGAAGGACGAAGGCAAGGCUGCCCCUGAGAUGAUUUCAAUGAUCAAGAGACAAAACUGCGACAGAGCUUUGGUGAACGCACGAGAAGUCUUCGGAGGUAACGCUGUCAGUGAUGAGUACCACAUUGGAAGACAUGUGGCGAACUUGUUUGUCACUCAGACGUAUGAGGGCCAGAGUGAUAUUCAUGAUACACGGCCCAUUCGGGAAGAGAAUCUGCAUGAGGGUGACUGCAAUAAUAGAGCGCGUGAUGCCGUGCAACUCCGUCCUUUUCGCUCACACAUCUGCGACGACUCCUCGCUCCGCAUACCACACACCCGACCACCAACGCAACCACGUCCGAGGCUGCGUCCAUCACCUGUUUCCACCUUCCACACACAACUACCGCACACCAUGGCGCUCAAGAGAAUUAACAAGGAGUUGACCGAUCUCGGCCGNGGUGACUCCCCGUACUCGGGCGGCGUCUUCUUCCUCGCCAUCCACUUUCCCACAGACUACCCCUUCAAGCCUCCCAAGGUCAACUUCACCACUCGCAUCUACCACCCCAACAUCAACAGCAACGGCAGCAUCUGUCUGGACAUUCUCAGAGACCAAUGGAGCCCUGCUCUGACCAUCUCNAAAAGAACUCGGCACAAACUGCUCAUGAAUUCAUUCCUGCUCUCCAUCUGCUCCAUGUUGACCGACCCCAACCCUGACGACCCGCUCGUUCCCGAGAUCGCACACGUCUACAAGACUGAUCGCUCGCGCUACGAGGCUACGGCCAGAGAGUGGACAAGAAAGUACGCCAUC